ACACAGACUAAAUCAAUGCUAAAAUCAAUGCUAAAACUUGACGGUGCACAAGCAGACUAAUCCAUAUGUCUCCACUCAAUAACUCACUCCCUGUAAACUAUCCAUUUUCCAACACAAUCUUGUUUAUUUUCUUUCAGAGUCUUCAUGACGCAAUCCCAGAAAAAUAAAUUAAACCAAAAAGUAUGAGAUGUCACCUAACUAGCUAGCAUCAUACAUUUGAAAUUGCGACUUCACUCACCACCUCUUCAAUUCAAUGGCCUCAGAUCAGAGACUCUAGGGUUUUGAUCUGAGGAUUCGUCAUGGACGUAGAGAGAUCGUCACUCUGCAAUUGCGUUGUCAACUUUCUCUUAGAAGAGAACUACGUUCUCACAGCAUUUGAACUUCUUCACGAGCUUCUCGAUGACGGACACGACGAUCAAGCUAUUCGUCUUAAGCAUUACUUUUCCGAUCCCUCUCUCUUUCCGCAUGAUCAAAUCUCUCGCCUCAACUCUCUCCGAGUGGCAGAUCCUCAAACUUUGCUGGAAGAGAAAGAAGCAGCUGUAGAAAAGUUAGCUAUUAGUGAUUAUGAACUGCGUUUGGCUUUAGAAGACAUCUCAAAACUCAAGAGUGAAUUGCAGAAGAAGACAGAAAAAAUUCAUGAACUAAGUGCUACGCAGUUUAGUGGAGAUGCUUCUGUGAAUGACGGGCAACAAAUUCAUCAGCAAAAUAAUACUUCCUUCACCGAUUUGGGUCCAUUAAAGGAUACUGAACGUCAAGAUCUUAAUUGUGCCGUAAAGGAAUAUUUGCUUAUAGCUGGUUACCGUCUUACUGCAAUGACAUUUUAUGAAGAGGUUACAGACCAGAACUUGGACACUUGGCAGAACACACCUGCAUCUGUACCUGAUGCCUUGCGGCAUUAUUAUUAUCAGUAUCUUUCAUCGACUUCAGAGGCUGCUGAGGAAAAAUUUUCUCUGCUUCAAGAGAAUAAAACAUUGCUGAAUUCAAAUCAGAAGCUGAAACUAGAAAAGGAAGCCUUGUUGAAGAACAAAGAUUUGACUGAUGCUCAAAUAGGAACAUUGACAAAAUCCUUGGAGGCAAUGCAGAAAGAUAUUAGAGACAAAGAGAACCAGGUGCUAGUUUUAAAACAGUCCUUGGAGCAGCAAAGAAAAGAGCUCAAUGACUGCAGAGCUGAGAUCACUUCACUGAAAAUGCAUCUUGAAGGGUCUCUCUCAGGAAAUAAUCUGGUUGUCAAGGAAGUUAAUAAUGUUCCGUCUCAAUCUUACGAGAAGUAUGAGGAAGAAAUUAAGAAAUUGCAGGUGGAAAUUGACUCGCUGAAGGAAAUGAAUGUAAGAGCUCCUGAACCUGGAGGUUAUGUUGGUUCUGAAAUGGAAAAUUUACAAACAGAUGAUAAAGUUAUUGAGAUUCAUGAAGACCAAGAUUCAAUCUCAAAUCCUGUUGCCGUGGUGGUUGGUGCUGUACGCAAUGAAGAUGCUCAAUCAUCAGCUGUUCAAUCUCUGAAUGAGAAAGCAAAUAAAGAUGAAGAUACCUUGCCUAAAUUAUUUAAUGCUGUAAAUACAAAUAGUGCUUCUGAAAAUAUCAAAAACGACUCCAAACAAAUUGUUGGUCAACAUGAGGACAGUAGGUUACUUCAAAUAUCAGACAGUGGAUUAGGAACAGUUCAGAUACUUGCAGAUGCUUUGCCUAAAAUCGUUCCUUAUGUCUUGAUCAAUCAUCGCGAGGAGCUCCUUCCUCUAAUAAUGUGUGCUAUCGAGCGCCACCCAGACAGCAGCACUCGAGAUUCUUUGACCCACACAUUGUUUAAUUUGAUCAAGCGUCCUGAUGAGCAGCAGAGACGAAUAAUAAUGGAUGCAUGUGUCAACCUUGCAAAGAAUGUUGGAGAGAUGAGAACAGAAACAGAAUUGCUUCCACAGUGCUGGGAACAAAUAAGUCACAUGUACGAGGAGCGUAGAUUGCUUGUUGCUCAGUCAUGCGGAGAGCUUGCAGAAUAUGUACGGCCGGAGAUUCGCGAUUCUCUUAUUUUAUCUAUUGUGCAGCAACUAAUAGAAGACUCUGCCAGUGUUGUUCGAGAGGGUGCAGCUCGAAAUCUAGCUAUGCUGCUUCCACUUUUCCCAAACAUGGAUAAAUAUUUCAAGGUGGAGGAGCUGAUGUUCCAAUUAGUCUGUGACCCGGCUGGAGUGGUGGUGGAAACUGCUCUCAAGGAAUUGGUUCCUGCAGUUAUAGAGUGGGGAAACAAUUUAGAUCACGUUUUGAGAGUUUUACUUUCUCAUAUUUUAAAUUCAGCUCUGCGUUGUCCACCUCUUUCUGGGGUUGAAGGGUCUAUAGAGUCACAUCUCCGUGUAUUGGGUGAAAGAGAGCGCUGGAAUGUAGAUGUUUUGUUGAGAAUGCUGAUGGAAAUACUUCCUUUCGUGCACCAAAAAGCAUUUGGCACUUGUCCCUUCUUGUCCACCACAGAAACUGCACCAACUGUGUUAUCUAUCCCAUUGCUUGAAUUGUAUGCCAGGGAACAAGUUGAAUGGGUUACAUUUGAGUGGAUGCAUGUUGAGUGUUUUCCAAAUUUGAUACAGUUGGCCUGCCUGUUGCCACAGAAAGAAGAUAAUUUACGGAGCAGGAUUUCAAAGUUUUUGUCAUCUGUUUCUGAAUAUUUUGGGGAGUCGUAUGUGACAUGCAUAAUGCUGCCAGUAUUUUUAAUUGCAGUAGGGGAUGAUGCGGAUUUGACUUUUUUUCCUACUACGAUCCAUUCAAGAAUUAAAGGUUUGAAGCCAAGAUCUGCCAUUGCUGAUAGGCUUUCUACAAUGUGUGUCUUACCGCUACUGUUAGCUGGUGUUUUGAGUGCUCCUGGAAAACAUGGACAGUUAGAAGGAUAUUUAAAGAAGCUGCUUCUUGAAGAUAGUUCCAUGCAAAACCGAUCAACCAAGCACACUCCUGAGAUUAUUAAUGCUAUCCGCUUCAUUUGCACAUGUGAAGAAAACCAUGUCAUGGUAUUUAAUAUAUUGUGGGAAAUGGUGGUCAGCUCUAACAUAAGCAUGAAAAUAAAUGCUGCACAUCUGCUGAAAGUUAUUGUGCCAUAUAUUGAUGCAAAGGCUGCUUCAACUCAUGUUUUGCCCGCUCUAGUUACUCUUGGAUCUGAUCAAAAUCUGAAUGUGAAGUAUGCCAGCAUAGAUGCAUUUGGCGCAGUGGCUCAGCACUUCAAAAAUGAUAUGAUUGUUGACAAGAUACGUGUUCAAAUGGAUGCUUUUCUUGAAGAUGGUUCUCAUGAAGCUACUAUCGCUGUUAUUCGUGCGUUGGUGAUUGCUGUACCACAUACAAUAGACAGACUUAGAGAUUAUCUUUUGUCCAAGAUUUUCCAACUUACAGCAAUGCCAAGUGCAGCAAAAGACUUAACGCGUCGACGAGAGAGAGCUGAUGUAUUCUGUGAGGCAAUCCGUGCUCUGGAUGCUACAGAUCUUCCUGCAAAUAGUGUUAGGGACUUCUUCCUACCUGCAAUACAGAAUCUCUUGAAAGAUUUGGAUGCACUGGAUCCAGCUCACAAAGAAGCACUUGAAAUUAUUAUGAAGGAAAGAUCAGGGGGAACUUUUGAGACUAUUAGCAAGGUAAUGGGUGCUGCUCAUCUUGCGCUUCCAACAUCAGUUAGCAACAUUUUUGGUGAGGGUGGGUUACUCGGAAAGAAAGAAACCACUGAGUCACCAACCGAGGCAGUUGUGUCCCCCAAGAUCGCCACUCCACCAGCAGAGGACACUAGAUUCAGACGUAUCAUGAUGGGAAAUUUCAGCGACAUGCUUCGUGGCAAAGCAAAAGCCCAAGAGGAUGGUCAGAACCAAUAAGAUGCAUUUGCCCAUAGCAGUUUGUGCUUAAGCUGUUUCCUCAAGAGAAUGUCACUGUUUCCCAUAUGUACAACAACCAGGACUUGGGACACUAAGUGAAUUUCUUCUACAGUGUUGUUUUUGAGAUAGAAAAAGAGUAUGAAAAUAUGAAUAAAUAGAUUAUUACAGUUUUUGAUGCCAAAAUUUGUGGUUGUGAUCUAAUAGGCCAUGUGUCAGGGGAUAGGAAAGAGAUUUUGGUGGAGAGCAUAUAGUAAAUGUGAAUUGUUCAUUAAAUUUUCAUGCUAAAUAUGUGAUUUUCUCACAUUUUAUGGUUUGGGAUGUUUUAGAAAGGGGAUUACUUCUCCCAAUCUAAGGAAUUUGGAAAUGUACUUCUGGACGCACCCUAUUCUACACUCAAUCCAUUCGUAAGUGAGUAGACCUUCGUUUCAACCAAAAAUUAAUAUGGAAGUGUAUCUCCGUAUAAUUUACGUGACACCUCAGGACAACAUAGCAGUACAGGAGGCAGGCAGCGAAGGAACAUGGGGUUUUUACACAUAAGUAUAGUAUAUGUAUUAGAGAUUAUGGAUAGUAUUAUGUUUGUAAUUUGUUAUUUUGACUAUAUUAUUGAUUCAUUUAUAUAUAGCAUUUUUAUCUUAUUAGAUCAA